GGCAGACAAUGGCAUGCAACAGAACAUGUCCUACUCCAUGACGGAGGGUGUAUUUCAGACCAUUGUGAUAAAGAACGUGAUUGUGGUGAUACUCUGCAUCAUCAUCAACUACAUCAAUGGCACCUUGGUCCACAUAUUCUUCAGGCAUGAGUUCUUCAAAGAGAACCCACGUUACAUCCUCUUCAUCCAUCUGGUCCUCAAUGACAUGAUCCAGUUGACCUUGGCCGCUUUGCUGCAUGUGAUUAGCUACAUCUCAUCCCAAAUCAAUGUCUCGUUCUGCUGCUUCCUCCUGAUGAUCGCCAUCUUCACCACGUUGAACACCCCCGUGAACCUGGCUGGCAUGGCCAUCGAGCGCUACAUCUCCAUCUGCAACCCGCUGCAUCACUCCCAGAUCUGCACCGUGAGCAGGACCUACAUCCUUAUUGGCAUCAUCUGGACCAUGGCGGCCAUCUCCAUCCUGCCCGACCUGUUUGUGCUCCUGGCGACAGAGCCCAAGGAGUUCUUCCUGUCCGCCACCUACUGCGGUCGGGACACGGUGUUCUACCACGACUUCAUGAAGAUGAAGAGGGACGUCUCCCAUGCCCUCUGCCUGUCCCUGGUCUGGUUCAUCUUGGCCUUCUCUUACUUUAAGAUCCUGUUCGCCGCCAAGGCCGUGAGCGCGGACGCCAAGAAGGCACACAACACCAUCCUCCUUCACGGCGCCCAGCUCCUCAUGUGCAUGUUCACCUACCUGGGGCCGCCUCUACAGGCCGCGGUCAAGUACGUUCCUCCCAGGACUAUGCAGGAUCUGCGAUUCGCCAGCUAUCUCCUCAUUCACAUUUUGCCCAGAUUUCUCAGUCCCAUCUUGUACGGUCUCAGAGACCAAUCCUUUCGGAAGUAUUUGAAGAUUUACUUGUUGUGCAAUGUGAAGGUAACAUUCCUCAGCAAACAGGUGACCACUCUUAAGUGUAGCACUUCUCCAAAAGUAAACCCAUCGCUUUAGAUCAGACUGCAGGAAUAUCAUGCCUCGUUUUGACCUUUGUUUCUUUUCAUUGCUGGUGCAGGUAGCUGGUGUGGAUAUUUUCAAGCAGGAUGAGAAAUCCUCAGACAAAACAAUGGUCUCCUGCAGGCUUGGGUAUAUUCUGUUCUUAUUUUACCUCGUAUUGCUUUCACCUUCUGUGAAAGGUUGGGGAAAACUGAGGAAAUUAUCCACUUGUGGGGGCUUCACAGAAAAAUAUGGAGUGGUUAUACCUAAAACUUCCCGAACAGAUACACGGCAAGUGUAAUAUAAUGGCAAUAAAAUAAAAGCAAAAGUGUGUGUCACAAACAAAUAGGAAUGUAAACCAGAAACACAAAAUGCUCAGCUCUGUCUUGAUUUAAAUAAAAUUUAAAACCUUGAUUUUUUUAAACCUUGAUUUAAAACCAAAAUUAAAUAAAAAUUGUGAAUAUUUGAUCUUUUCUUUUGAUUAUAAUUACAGAGUAACUUGCCAGUAGGACACCACACAUAUUAAAAUUAAAUUGAUUUCAAUAACACCUGGACAAUAGAGUAAUGUACUAAUGUAUCUUCAUUACUAGUGAUUAAUUUUCAGAGAUCAGAGUCAUUAAUACACUUAAUGACCUGGACCCCUGGCAUAAGGGGCCAUUUAUUUAAAUAAAAAUGUAGGCUACUUUUUUCUAAGGAAAAUGCAGUAUCAGUAAUUCCUUGUGGUUAAACGGCAUUGCCUCAACUAAGCUACUUUUUGUUUAGCACCAACUU